GGGGCGCUGGCCGCGGUGCUGAAACGGCGCCCUCCGCGGACGGAGGAGGGGGCGGGGCUCUCGGGAGCCUUGAGCCGGGAAGGGAGAGGGGCAGGGCGGCGCCAGCAGGCCCGACACCCUGGGGGGCUUGAGAGGCGGCAGGAUACUGGAGACAGCCUCGGCUAGAGCGGACACAGGCACCUGGCAAGCUUCCCCUGAUCAAGCCAAGGUUGUUCUUGUCCUAUUAAGCCUCUUCCCCUUGCCUUGAAGGGACCUCACCUGGUGCCUUGACCUCAGCCUCCUCCCCAAACCCCGCUGGGGAGUGACCUGCUUCUAGGCCUCCAUCCACAAAGCCACGGACUUGCAGCCCACGGGACCCCAGCCCAGGGCCUGCUGCCCUCACCAUGGUGAAAUUGCUGCCGGCCCAGGAGGCAGCCAAGAUCUACCAUACCAACUAUGUGCGGAACUCGCGGGCCGUGGGCGUGAUGUGGGGUACACUCACCAUCUGCUUCUCCGUGCUGGUCAUGGCCCUCUUCAUCCAGCCCUACUGGAUCGGCGACAGCGUCAACACACCGCAGGCAGGCUACUUCGGCCUUUUCUCCUACUGCGUGGGUAACGUGCUCUCCUCCGAGCUCAUCUGCAAGGGCGGUCCCCUAGACUUCUCCUCCAUCCCCUCUAGAGCCUUCAAGACUGCCAUGUUCUUUGUGGCCUUGGGCAUGUUCCUCAUCAUUGGCUCCAUCAUCUGCUUCAGCCUGUUCUUCAUCUGCAACACGGCCACAGUCUACAAGAUCUGUGCAUGGAUGCAGCUGGCUGCGGCCACAGGUCUAAUGAUUGGCUGCCUGGUCUACCCUGAUGGCUGGGACUCAAGUGAGGUACGGCGCAUGUGUGGGGAGCAGACGGGCAAGUACACGCUGGGUCACUGCACCAUCCGCUGGGCCUUCAUGCUGGCCAUCCUCAGCAUUGGCGAUGCCCUCAUCCUCUCCUUCCUGGCCUUCGUGUUGGGCUACCGGCAGGACAAGCUCCUCCCUGACGACUACAAGGCAGAUGGAACUGGUAAUCCCCCAACUCCACAAUGGUGUCCCCUGUCUGGAGACCCUGGGAUGUGGGUAGGGGUUUGUCUUAGCCAGUUCUCUAAGGCUUGGUCCCUGGCCAAGGGAUGGGGACAAUCAGACACAGCCCAUGUCCUCCCUGAAAUCAAAGGCCAGUGGAGGGUUGCAAGCUAGCAGGUGAUAAGGUGAUCUGUGAUAAAGGAAUGUCCCCCUCACCCCUCUACACUCUCAGAGGCUAUAGGGGAGAGAGCUGCAAUCCAGCCUUGGGGGCUAAGUGUGGUCUCCCCUAGAAGGAGGCACUGAGGCUGGGUCUCGAAGUAAUAUUCCUGGGAGCUUGCUCGGUGGAGAGGGGAACAACAGGGGGAUGAGUUGCUGGGGAGGAAGUAGGAAGGCAGGGACCUUUAGAACAGAUCAAUGAGGGUGCAGAAGUGACAGCUCCUGGAGUGCAGCUGGUGGGAGCCCAAGAUCCCUGGAGGAACAGCAGCCUUGGGAUUCUCGUAAUGUUCGUCCUGUUUCAAUUCCCUCACAUCCAAAUCCUACCUGUCAGUCAUAAAAGUUAGCUGCAGCUGAUCCUCGAGGCCCAAGCAGACCCUCCAGGAAGCCCUCCCUGACUGCUUCUCAUUACCUCCCUUCUUCCUAGGGUGCUUUUCACUUCUGUUUCUUAUUGGGCUCUUCCCCUGCCCAUUUUGAGAGGCUAACUUUUUCAGAGCAUUAAUUUCUUCCCUGAGUCAAGGGCAAGGACUGUCUUGCACCCCUGUGGAUCCCCAAAUGCCUGGUCUCAGCAGGUGGCCAUCACUGGGGACCUGUUACAUCUCAGGGACCUCUCCAGUCUCUUUUCCCCAUAGCUGUCUUCACAUUAGCCCUUGGACUAGAAGAAGCAGCCAAACUCCUCUGUCCACUAUAACCAAGGACUCUUCCCACAUGAGGAACUUGAAGCCCAAAAGGGAGAGUCACUCAGAAGUUCCCAGAAAGGCAGUGGCAAAUAAGAGCCCAGAACUCAGGUCCCCUCUGGCCAAGACUGGGGCCCACUUCUCCAUAAAGAAGUGAUAGGAAACAUUUCAUCCUUCUUUGGGAGUGGGACAAGGAUAACCCACCUGUUAUGUGG